UUUCCACUUCAACGAUCAACAGCGUCAAACACGUUAUCUCAAGAACAAGGAGACACAAUCUUGAAGUUAAAAUUAACGUUCAUUUAAGAUCUCAAUCGAACCAACGUUGUAACUCACGAAGAACAAGCGGAUCAUCUAAUUUACGUUUCAAAGGGAAAUUAAAACACUUCAAAAAGAAAUCAAAACAUCUUAAAGGAAAAACAAAGCAUUUUAACAUCAACAGAAGGCUUUAUGAUGAAAAGAUAAUACGGCGGGAGAAAUCAAACAGACGUACAGUCUUUCGAUUACGCAUAACAAAGAAGAAAAAUAAGAACAAGGACACGGAGUGGUUCAUGGUUGCAGAUAAAGGGAAGACAACAAAUUCUAUAUCCAAAAACCUAAAUCUUCCAACAGAUGAAGAUGAAAUAGAUAAAGAUGAGUCAAUUCAAGAACUAACUUCAACAGACGAAUCAAUUAUUAAUGAGUCAAUAACCAAUAAAAGUGCGACUUAUACGAGAAAUAACGAUAAAGAUUUAAUCACUGAAGCUCAAAAUAACGCUGAAUCGGGUGCCAAAAUGGAUGAAAUUGUAAAAUCUUCUACUACCCCUGUUACAUCAACUGGCGUCUUUGAAAAUGAUAAUGUAAAAUCAACUACUACUAAGAACACCAUAGAAACCACAAAAUCCACUACCACUUCUAACAUCUCGUCAACCGAAACGUCCCUUUUCGCAUCACCCUAUACUUCUACUGUUACAUCAAUCGACGAUUUUGGUGAUAACAAUGUGAAAUAAGCUACUGACAACCUAGAAGAGACCAAGUAUUCUACAUACAUAGCAACAGAUGUUUCUACUGUUCUAUCAACCGAUAUUUCUACUGAAGUAUCAGACGACGCCUCUUCAGAUAGAAGUACGGCAUCAUCUUCAGCGGCAAUUGAUUAAGGGGCCAUCCAUAAAUUACGUCACACGUUAAGCGGGAGGGAGGGGGGUCGACGAAGUGUGACAUUGUGUGACAAAGGGUUGGGAGGGGUCCUAAAUUUCGUGACGUCACAUUUCAAAAUCUACGUGUUAAACCACGAACUUUGCAAUAUUAACAAAAAACUUAAAAACAUUUGCAACUCUAUCUGAAUAAACAUAAGAUUCAAAUUGUUUUGUCGCCCACUCGCUCUACUAGUGU